CAUUCAUCGACACAAGUCUCUCUCGUUGUGAAGGCCGCUUGCGCGAUGAUGAGCAUCUCAAGGGCUGCUCCGGCUCUGGCUCGUAAUAUCUGGUCCGCCCGACCCAUACCCAUCGCUGGACCCAGCAGAUGUCGUGCCAUCCAUACCCUUCCGGUCGCUCGCGCAUCCCUCGCUAGCUCUGUCCGAGUCCCCACCCCCGAAUCAGAUGUAAUCGAGUUCGAUGCGGAGCAUCAGCAGGAUUUAGCGAGUGCGAAAGAGCAACUCGAUGAGGCAUUCACGCAACGUGCUGCCAUCCUGCAUCGCGCGCCAAUGGGACCCCUCGACCCUAUCCUCCUCCCCCUCUCCUCUCUCGCCUCCGCGAAUCCUUCAGCUGCUGAUGGAUCAGGCAUGGCAAUAGCGCUGCCCCGCGAUAUCUUUUCCGAGCGAAUACGUCGAGACAUCCUACAUCGCUGCGUGGUCUGGUUCCGAUCCGCCAUGCGUCAGGGAACACACAGAACGAAAGGUCGUUCAGAGGUCGCGUAUUCCGGUCGGAAAUUGCGGCCACAAAAGGGUAGUGGAAAGGCUCGUCUGGGAGAUGCGUCGAAUCCCAUAAUCAGGGGAGGUGCCCAUGCGUUCCCUAAAAGAAAUAGAAAUUACACACAACUAUUACCACGGAAGAUCCGAGCUAUGGGCAUGCGUAUAGCUUUGACGAUGAAGUUGGAAAUGGGUCUUUUGCGAUGCGUCAAAAAUCUCAACGAAGGUGGAUGGACAAAGACCAAGGAGGCUAUGAUGGCACUCCACGGCAGCGCUUCGAGCGAGACUUCGAUCGGAUUCGACUCUGGUAAAGCCGACUCCAAAGCCCUGUCGAUCCUCUUUGUUUACCCUCACACCAAACCCGCCUCUGAUGUCAAAUCGUUCGCCCUGCCUCUUCGGAAUGUUCCCGGUGUCGAGAUCAUGUCGACCGACGAGGUGCAGGUAUAUCAUAUCCUGAAACACCGAUGGCUGGUCCUCGAAGCUGGAGCCGUUGACAUUCUCGCCCUCCAAAAAGGACAACCUAGGUUCUCUGAGGACGUACCCGAAUGGGAGACCACAGAUCUCGCAGUCGGGAUCGAAGAAGCACAAUCGACUCGCCUUCGCGGUCGUCGUGUCAACCGUCCGAGACGAUGGUUGGUACAUCGAUGGAGGAAAGUCCGAGGUGCCAAGUCUAUGCGCAAAGUCUUUGGGAUGCGGCAGGCCACAGCCGUGGAGAGAGAGUCCAAGAUGACUUGGGACAAAAUCGCGAAAUUGGGAGUGCAUCCCGUGACACCUGACAUGGUGACCAUGGCAAUCGCUUCAAAGUAUGUAAGGGAUGACAGGAGGAUCCGGAAAAUUGUACCGUGA